AUCGCUGUUUUGAGGAAGUGUGUUGAGGCUUCUUCUUCAAUAGCUGUGUAGACUAUCAUUUCAUUUUUGCUUUAACUUUUCAGAUUCAUCUGUGUUUUUCAUCUGUAACUGGUAGCGGACGCUUUGGAUGAGAAGCAUCGCUGAAUGAUUCUUAACUCUGCCCUUGAGUGACUACAUCAGUAUUGUUUUUGUGGUGUUCACCGGUGUUUGAUUUCUCAGUGAAAACAUUCGGCAGUCCCUCCCCAGGGUCUGUGAACAAUGCAGAACUUCUGGGGAGACAUCGUGAAUCUAAGGAGCACCAGAGGAGCUAAGAUUUUCUCGGGCAAUGAUGAAGAAGCUGUUGUUGAUCAUGGGAAAACCAGCUCCACCAUCAACACAAACUUUGAAAAAGAAGAACUUGAAAGUCACAGGGCAGUUUACGUUGGCGUUCAUGUACCUUUAGGAAGAGAAAGCAGACGUAGACACCGUCACCGCGGUCAUCGGCACCAUCGGAAAAGAAAGGACAGAGGGUCAGAACGAGAAGACGGUAGAGAAUCUCCAUCGAACGACACCCCCUCACAGAGGGUCCAGUUUAUUCUGGGCACUGAGGACGAUGAUGAAGAGCACAUCCCUCACGACCUCUUCACAGAGUUAGAUGAGCUGUCCUUCCGUGAAGGACGUGUGUACGAGUGGAAAGAAACUGCUAGGUGGUUGAAGUUCGAGGAGGACGUGGAGGACGGAGGUGAACGCUGGAGCAAACCCUACGUCGCCACGCUUUCCCUGCACAGUUUAUUUGAGUUACGAAGCUGCAUUCUCAAUGGCACAGUCAUGCUGGACAUGAGAGCCAACACCAUCGAGGAGAUAGCAGAUAUGGUUUUAGACAACAUGGUGGCUUCAGGGCAGCUGGACGAGGAUUUGAGGGAGAACGUGCGGGAAGCCAUGCUGAAGCGACACCACCACCAGAACGAGAAAAAACUGAGCAAUCGCAUCCCGCUCGUGCGCUCCUUCGCCGACAUAGGUGAGGGUCUCUCCGCCUCUCGGCUGUCUCUCCUUCGACGCAGCUCCUCCGUUUCCACUCCCCUCAACUCGCGCCGUCCCUCCAGAGACUCCCGCGGUUCCCGCUCCUCCAUCAUCCUCAACCACCUCCUGCCCAGUGCCAACUCCAGCCCCUCUGCCUCCCCUAAUGUCACCCCUCACAACACACCCCCCACCCCCCGCCAAGCUCCAUCUCCUCCCCGCUUUCCAGGACCCUCCCUGCAGGGGCCCGAGCUGCUCGUGGCGCGGGGAGAGAGAGAGGACAUUCCAGAGGUCGUGGUGUUCCCGCCCGACGAGGAGGAGCCGUGGUUGUCUGCCAGUCAGGAGGAGCAGGUGGUGCCCGAGCCGGCCAGACUGGCACAGCUCCUGCCUCCACCUCAGUCAGGCCUCCUCGCGUCCCCCCAGUCGGCCCCGGGGAACCUGGAAAACAGCAAACCCAGUGAGUACCGUAUGAAUGGUGCGGGCGGCAGCAGAGAAAACAGCACUGUGGACUUCAGCAAGGUGGACAUGAAUUUCAUGAAGAAAAUUCCUCCCGGCGCGGAGGCUUCGAAUGUUUUGGUGGGGGAAGUUGAUUUUCUGGAGUGUCCCAUCAUCGCCUUUAUUCGCCUCUCACCUGCUGUUCUCCUCACUGGACUGACGGAAGUGCCCGUUGCUACCAGGUUCCUCUUUUUGCUGCUGGGGCCUUUCGGGAAAGGGGCCCAGUACCACGAGAUUGGCAGGUCGAUAGCUACUUUAAUGACAGAUGAGAUCUUUCAUGAUGUUGCAUACAAAGCCAAAGAUAGGAAUGACCUGCUGUCCGGCAUAGACGAGUUCUUGGACCAGGUGACCGUGCUGCCCCCAGGAGAGUGGGACCCCACGAUACGAAUCGAGCCACCAAAGAGCGUUCCAUCUCAGGAGAAAAGAAAGAUGCCUUCUACGCCGAAUGGCUCUGCUCCGCUCUCAGAGUCCAUCAAAGAGGAAGACCACAACACUGGACCUGAACUUCAGAGGACAGGACGGAUAUUUGGGGGUCUGAUACUAGACUUAAAACGGAAAGCUCCGUUUUAUUGGAGCGACGUGCGAGAUGCUCUCAGCCUACAGUGCUUGGCCUCUAUUCUGUUCCUCUAUUGUGCCUGCAUGUCUCCUGUCAUCACCUUUGGAGGCCUUCUGGGGGAAGCUACCAAAAACAACAUAAGUGCCAUUGAGUCUCUGUUUGGGGCUUCUAUGACCGGUGUGGCCUAUUCGCUGUUUGCCGGGCAGCCAUUGACGAUACUGGGCAGCACAGGGCCUGUUUUGGUUUUCGAGAAGAUUCUGUUCAAGUUCUGCAGUGAAUUCGGUCUUUCCUACCUCCCUCUGCGCACCAGCAUCGGCCUGUGGACGGCUUUAAUGUGCAUUGUGCUCGUUGCCACAGACGCCAGCUCUCUGGUGUGCUACAUCACUCGAUUCACAGAGGAGGCCUUUGCUGCUCUCAUCUGCAUCAUAUUCAUCUACGAAGCCUUGGAGAAACUCUUUCAGCUGGGAGAGAUGUUCCCUUUCAACAUGCACGACAAUUUAGACAAUCUCACAUUCUACACGUGUCAGUGUUCACCACCAGCUAAUAUCACACAGAACAUGAUCCAGUCAUGGAAUCAGUCACGGUUUACUCCCGAUAACAUUACUUGGAGUGAGCUAGACGUGCCGACAUGCAAGCAGCUCUAUGGCGAGUUUGUUGGUCCUGCUUGCGGACACAGCGGACCGUAUAUCCCUGACGUGUUGUUCUGGUCUGUCAUCCUCUUCUUUACCACCUUCUUCCUGUCGUCCUUCCUCAAGCAGUUCAAGACCAAGCGCUAUUUUCCCACUAAGGUCCGCUCUUCCAUCAGUGACUUUGCAGUUUUUCUCACCAUCAUGAUCAUGGUCUUGGUUGAUUAUUUGGUGGGCGUCCCGUCUCCUAAAUUACAUGUCCCGGACAGGUUUGAGCCCACCUCUAACAAGCGAGGCUGGCUGAUCUCACCCCUGGGCGACAACCCCCUAUGGACGUUGCUGGCGGCAGCCAUUCCUGCCCUGUUGUGCACCAUUCUGAUCUUCAUGGAUCAACAGAUCACCGCCGUGAUCAUCAACCGUAAAGAACACAAGCUCAAGAAAGGCUGCGGGUAUCACCUGGACCUUCUGGUGGUGGCGGUGAUGCUCGGCGUGUGUUCUAUUAUGGGCUUGCCCUGGUUCGUCGCCGCCACCGUCCUCUCCAUCUCUCACGUCAACAGCCUGAAGGUGGAGUCGGAAUGCUCGGCCCCAGGAGAGCAGCCCAAAUUCCUGGGCAUCCGUGAGCAGAGGGUCACCGGACUGAUGAUCUUUGUACUUAUGGGUUUAUCUGUCUUUAUGACAUCCAUUCUAAAGUUUAUACCGAUGCCUGUGUUGUAUGGCGUGUUCCUCUAUAUGGGCGUGUCCUCUCUCAAAGGCAUACAGUUCUUUGACCGGAUUAAGCUGUUUAGCAUGCCGGCGAAGCACCAGCCAGAUCUGAUCUACCUGAGAUACGUGCCAUUGUGGAAGGUUCACAUUUUCACUUUGGUCCAACUCACCUGUCUGGUGCUCCUGUGGGUCAUCAAAGCUUCUGCGGCUGCCGUGGUCUUCCCAAUGAUGGUUCUGGCUCUGGUGUUCAUACGGAAGCUUCUAGACUUCUGCUUUACGAAGAGGGAGCUCAGCUGGCUGGAUGAUCUCAUACCUGAAAGCAAGAAGAAAAAGGAAGAUGACAAAAAGAAAAAGGCUAAAGAGGAAGCACAGUUCAUGAUGGAGGACGUAGGCAUAGAGAUCCCCUGUGAUGGUGGAAAUUACUUGGGUGAUCCUGUAAAGGCCAUAAAAAUCAGUUCUGACCCCUCUGUGGUUAACAUAUCUGAUGAGAUGGCCAAAACUGCUAUGUGGAAAGCUGUUGCCAGUGCCAAAGUAUUGAAACCUAGUAUCAGCUGUAAAGAGAAGACAGCUAGCAUAAGGAUCAACGUGGAGGAUGAUCAGGGGAAUAAAUGUGUGGACACAGAAACGUCAUUAUGAAAGCCAACAGUUGCCAUACAGGCUCUCUGGUCUGUAAAAGUGUGGCUCUGUUCUUUGGGCCCUACCAGCCUGCCUAAAUGAAGCCAAAGGUAGACACACGCCUGAUAGAGGGCCAAACAAUUACUUCCAGGUAUUUAUCAAAGUUUUUGUUUUAAUAUCACACAAAUGAGCCCUUUUUAUUUUGUAUCAUUUGUUUUUAAUGUGAUUAGAACAUAGGGUACAUUAUGAGGAACCCAGAAUCUUAGGUUUCAUAUUUUAUGUUUCUUUUUCUCACGAUCUAAAGACAUGGAGUCUUUUAGAUUUAGUUUUACGUGCUUUUUUGUGGUACCAUGAUUUUCAAAUCAUCACCUUAGACGUUACGAGAUCUAUUUUUAGUGCAUUAAAAUGCUGUUUGUCAGAGUGCUGCUUUUAAAAGAAUGCACACAUAAGGAAACGUCUCAUAGCCAGGUGAUGAAAGAACUAGCUGGAUGACUGACUUUUUAAAAGUAUUAUUGUACUUUAAUAGUAAACUUUCCUCCAACUGAAGGCCUGACAAAUUACUUGAACAAUUAUAUAAAAGAUAUACUAAUCCUUUAUUAAAACAGAAAUACGAAAAUACAGGUGAGAGAGCACAGAACGGGAACAAAUUCAAAUCUUCCAGUCCCUCUGUGGAUUAAUGUUUAAAUUCAUCGUAUCAAUGUUGCUGAUAUGUGUUCGCAAUGUAUAUUGCUUCAGAUUGUGUUACAAUAUCAGUUUCCCCCCUCGUUUUCAUGCGUUUACAUUGUUUUGUGUUAUGAAAUAGAAUGUUCUAUUGUUUAGUAAUUAUGAUUUUUACAAUGUGUUAUUGGAUUAAUUUAUUAACGGUCAUGUAAUGGUCAAGUUCACAGAGGCGAUAGGGCAGAAGGAAGACUAGUGUUGUUGGUCUAUCAUUUCUUUUAAUUCCUGUUACUGGUGUUACUGUGCACUUUAGGGAGGCUUGCCAUCACGGCUAUAGGCCUGAAAACAAUUUAUUUAAUGUAUCUACUCUAGAACCGUCUCAGGAACCUCCUUUUGCACUCUUUCCCCACAUAACUGUUCCUAUAGAGCUAUUGGUCGCAGCUAUUUUUCACUUUAAGAAUGCCCUCCUCUAAGCCCUCUUUUAAUGCUUGCCUUUUAAUUUUACACUGGACAGAAAAGUGAUAGCAGACACUUUUUGUCACCUUUUUUUAAGCCGGAUAACAUUUUUAAAGGCUACACUUUCCCAAUAUUUAUAGUACAUUAGACAAAUUUUCUUUUUUAUUUUGAUAUUCUUGUUCUGUACAUGUACUUUUGAACUAAUUUAGAGUUGGCUUCGCCAUGUGUUUACUUAUUGAUUUCGGUUGCAAAAUUGCUAGCAUAUAGCCUGCCCCAUGCUCUUAAAUUUGAUCCAAAAGGACAUAAAUCUCCAACUUAAAAUGAAAUACCUCUGACUUCUGUUUUUAAACGUCUAAAUGAAUUGGUUUAUUAAACACUUUUUCAUUCAGUUUUCAUUCAGUUAUUAAUACUGUGUUUGUGGCUAAAGAAUAACUGUGAGGAGAAUCUUGAAAACAACAAUUGACAUGUGAUCUAUUGUCUAGUAUCGUCUCCACGUUAGGACUCCGAACAAGUAUUGCUGCAAUAGUGUUCUGCUGCUCAACAUGUAUGUACUAUGUCCUGUAUGAAAAUGAACUGUUCACUGUUUCAGCCCAGUUCAGGCAAACAGACCUUGUGAACUGGCCUUAUAAAAAAAAAAUGUAGGAGAGUUUUGGAUUUGUACAAUAUAAAUAUAUAUACUGUAUACACACAUGGGAGGGAGUCAUCUUUUGUAAUGUUGAUGAAGUUGUUUAUUGUUUAAAACUAAAGCAAUAAAACUAAUGU